AUGGCCUAUGGUCUCAUUCCUAUCUAUGUCCAUUGUUUUACCUCAUCCUUCAUCUAUCUCUUUUAUAAAAUGAAAUUUACAUUAAAUUCAUGGUCAUCUUCCCUUCCAGUUCCACCACAAAUAGAGAAUCUAUGUCCUACUUUUUGUUACUGUUGUUGUUGCAAUUUUUCUCCUAAAACUUUUUUGGAUUUUGCAAUUUUAGUUUUUAAUUUAAGGGUAUAUGAUUUGGAGUUUGGAUCGGUCAAUAAUAUGACAUUUCUCUUUUCAGGUUUAGUUGAAGAGGGAAAAAUGUCACACAUGCUGGAUUUUUGGUGUGCUUCUAUUGUAAGUUUUUCUUCCCAGUAG